GGUCCUGAGGACAGAGUUUGCAGACCUAUACUCUAAAGACAUAGGAGCAGAUGUGCAGUACUUAAGCCUUGAAGAGAGAUAAAGUAGAGAGGGAUAGCAGCUUAUCAACCCCUAACUAAUUUUACAAACAUAGCCUGUAGCAUGACAGUAAGGAGCCGAUUGGUUGGUACUUUAUCUCUCUCCAAGGGCUGCUUCCAUUAAUUUCAUGGGCUGGUUUUCCAUCCCAAUCCGCCCCUGGGAGAUGCACUGUGUAGGAACAGGACAAGUUCAGCAUACCCUCCAGCAUUCAGCAACACACGUGAUCACCACAUUUAUUGGAAGGAGAUAUCCUGCACAAUCAUGAUCAUAGAACUCCUCUUCAACUGUCACUGUGGGGAGCACUGCUAAGCUAUGUAAUAGAAGAGGAAUUCUCAGAAACUACAUUAGAUGCUUACUAUUUACAAGAACUGGAUGAUGAGGAGAAAGCCAUGCACGAAUUCCGAAAAGAAUGGAAGCUUUCAGGUAUACAAAGGAUUUUCUACAAUAGUCUGGUUAAGGAGCUGGGAGGGUUUGGCUCUGAAGCUGGAAAAUUCAUUUGGCCCACCAGUGUGACUAAUACUUUAGAUGAUGAUCUAGCCAUUAAAGAUACUGGCAAUCAACAAAUCCAGAUCUUCUCUCCUGAGGGCCAGCACAAACAAACAUUUGCAUAUGGUUCAGAAACUACCAACUGUCUUGGUGAUGUGGCUUGUACAGAAGAUGGUCUUCUUCUGGUAUCUAAUGGACGCAAAGGUAUAAAGGUAUUCUCUAAGGAAGGAGAAAUGAUCCAUCUUUUGAAGUCAUCUAAGGCCGAUUGGAAGCAUUCCUAUGGGUUGGCGGUAAUGAGAUCCAACACUAUUGCAGUGACCGACUGGACAGACGGGGGUAAAAUACACAUCAUUGCUGUAGAUUGGAGAAUGAAUGCAGUUCUGAAAACCAAUGUUGUUGAUGGACUUCAAAGACCAGAGCAUAUUGCAGUUACUGAGGAUGAAGAUUUGCUGCUAACAGAGGGACAGCUUUUUGGACAAAACACCGGUUGUUGCCUUAAGAUUAUAGAUAAUGAGCGAGCGAUUAAAAAAACAAUAGGACCUACAUAUGGUGACCAUUUACAUUUCAUAAACCCAUCUGGAGUUUGUGUAGAUGCGAACGGCAACUUCUUUGUGGCAGAUAAAGGCAAGAACACCGUCACCAUGUUUAAUCCAGACUCAUCUCUGACAGCUCUGGUGGUGACACGUGACCUGGAGGGUCCCUGCGGGAUUACAGUAACAAGGAAUGGGUUUCUGGCUGUUACUGACUGUUACCAUCACAGUGUUAAAAUGUAUAAAUACAAAAAGGGAAUAGCAUUCUAAUGGAAAAUCAAAUAAAUGAAUAGAAGAUGAAAGAGAAA